AACCGCUGACAAAGAUGACUGUGGUUUGACUUAUGGCAGAAGAAAGUAGGGUCGGGGCUAAGGCACGGUUCCAGCCCUAAAGGGAUUGCAUUUUAAGUUUGAGGCAACUUCACAGCUCCCCAUGUGACAUCUGCGCACUCCUCGGCGGUUUUAACUAUGACAACCAGGGCUUCCGGCGUGAUUCCUUACAGUCGAUCGAAAUCUUCUCCCGCUCCCAUUCCUUCCCCACCCCAGACUUCGUCCACCCCUGAGUCCCUCCACUGCCCCUUCCCUCCCCCGCCCUAGAGAUGCUACGACUCCAGCGCUUCGCCAUUCAUCAACCGGUUCACACCGGCAGCGGCCGCCGAGCGGUGACGUCCGCAAGGGGCGGGUCUCCGCCCCCGCUCGUCGGCGCUCGGCCUGGGGCCCCCGGCGGUGAUUGGUGGCCGGGAGUUCACACGUCGUGCCGGCUAUAAAAGAGAGGGUUUGUGACGCAAGGGCGCCUCGGCGCGCGUAUUGGCUCCCUGUACUGCGGGCCGGCUGGGCUACGCGCUCUCCUCGGAGCCGCUCACUGCAUGGUAGAGUCUGGUGCCCCCGCCGCCGCCUGCAAAGCCGCCGCCGCCCCGCGAAGACCACCGCUACCCCCUGCCCUGCAGCCGCCGCCACCGCCUGUGUCGCCGCCGCCUCGGGACCGGCUGUAUGAUUAGGCCACAAUCUUCAAUGAGUAAACAUAUUCCUCAGUUCUGUGGUGUUCUUGGUCACACAUUUAUGGAGUUUCUGAAGGGCAGUGGAGAUUACUGCCAGGCACAGCACGACCUCUAUGCAGACAAGUGAACUGUAGAAAUUCAUUACUACUCCACCAAGAAGCCCCCAUAAGAGUGGUUAACCUGGACACAGAGUGUUGAAUUGAAAUCCACAGAGCAUUUUACAAGAGUUCUGACCUGGAUGGGGUAAACCUCAGUGCACUUCCUUUCUAUUGCCUCAGUAUUACUGGAUUGAAGAAUUGCUGCUUCUUGUUAGGAGGUUCAUUUCAUUUCCCAUUACUCCCAACUUCAUACUCAAAGCACUGAGAAUUUCAAGUGGAGUAUAUCGAAGUAGACUCAGUUUCUUUGCAUCAUUUCUGUUUCAAUUUUUAAAAUUCUUUCAUAACCUUAUUGAGUGUUUUUAACAAAAUUAACAUGGCUCGAAUGAACCGCCCAGCUCCUGUGGAAGUCACAUACAAGAACAUGAGAUUUCUCAUUACACACAAUCCAACCAAUGCGACCUUAAACAAAUUUAUAGAGGAACUUAAGAAGUAUGGUGUUACCACAAUAGUAAGAGUAUGUGAAGCAACUUAUGACACUACUCUUGUAGAGAAAGAAGGCAUCCAUGUUCUCGAUUGGCCUUUUGAUGAUGGUGCACCACCAUCCAACCAGAUUGUUGAUGACUGGUUAAGUCUUGUAAAAAUUAAGUUUCGUGAAGAACCUGGUUGUUGUAUUGCUGUUCAUUGUGUUGCAGGUCUUGGGAGAGCUCCAGUGCUUGUUGCCCUAGCAUUAAUUGAAGGUGGAAUGAAAUAUGAAGAUGCAGUACAGUUCAUAAGACACGGCGUGGAGCUUUUAACAGCAAGCAACUUUUGUAUUUGGAGAAAUAUCGUCCUAAAAUGCGGCUGCGCUUCAAAGACUCCAAUGGUCAUAGAAACAACUGUUGCAUUCAAUAAAAUGGGGUGCCUGAUGUCAUUGCCUUGGAAGUGGAACUUGAAACAGGACCUAAUUUGUCAUACAUAGUAGCCAACAUGUUGGCUUAGUGAAUAAGUCUAAUGAAGCUUCCAUAGGAGUAUUGGAAAGCAGUUUUAUCAGGCCACAAGUUUGAUGGAAUUGCAACCUCUAUGCUUGGGUUACGAUCAACCUGUUUUGGACGCUUAGCAAAAGAUUCUUGCUGUUCAACAUUUAAAAUGUGCUUAUCACUUGUACCAAUUGACCUUUCCUGAAAUCAUGCAGUAUUGAGUUAUGUCGUUAAAUCUAUUCCCAUGCCAGAAUCUUAUCAAUAUAUAUGAAAUUUAGAAAGAUUAGGUGCCAAAAUACCCAGCACAAUACUUGUAUAUUUUUAGUGUUAUACAGAACUAAAAUCCCAGGAACUAUGAACACUCUGGACCUUAUGUGGUUUAUUCCUUCAGUCAUUUCAAACAUAGAAAUUAGGGCCUAUAUGGUUAUUUGCCUGCUCACUUUAUGUUUACAUCUCCCACAUUUGUACCAGUAUACAUCAGGUUUGCUCAACCUUUUUUUUUUUUGGAUUUUUACCAAGUCUUAACAAUGAUUGUUUCAUGUCUUUCUACAAAUUUUAUUUUGUGCUGUUAAGGAAAACCUCCAUUUUGAAAAUCUACAUUGUACAGAAGCACAUGUCUUUAAUGUCUCCAGACAAAAAAAGCCUUACAGUUAAUUUUAAUGUUUGCACUUUGGGGUGCAACUUACAGGGAGGGCCUGAAAAAAAGAAUGGGAGGGGGCUAUUAAGUAUUUUUAGUAAAAUGUUGCCUUUGUCUUGUGCAGAACAUGUAGAAUAUGCUCUUUAAUUUAGUAAAUAUUUUUUUAAAAGGUAGAGAUGCUUUGUUAUUGUAGCUAAAACAAUUCUUAAUCAUAAAAUUUCUGAAAUUCUUGUAUUUUUUUUCUUAUCUGAAGUUGUUUACCAACUUAUUUUUGUUUGAAGUGUGAUUUUUUUUUUCCUUCUCUUCCCAACCUCUCUUGCAAAAAAAAAAAAAAAAAAAGUGGGUUUCUGCUAAUGAAUUGAGCAGACAUCUAAUAUUUUAUAUGCCUUUUGAGCUGUGUAACUUAAUAUUUGGAUACUUGAUAAUUUGUUUUAUUAUGUAAUUGAUAAAAUGGUGAUGUGUAUUAAUGUUAGUUCAACCAUAUAUUUAUACUGUCUGGGAAUGUGUGGUUAUAGUUCUGUGGGAGAAAUAAUUUGUCAGUGUUCACCAGCUUGUAAAAAUCUAGUGCGAGAGCUUAAACAUCUAAAUAAAUAAUGAAAUGCAUUUAUCAUCAUUGAAA